AUGGCUGAUACGCACGAAUAUGAUGUGAUAAUCGUCGGUGCUGGCUUCGCUGGAGUCCACCAACUGAUGAACAUCCGAAAGUUGGGGCUUACAGCGAAGAUCCUCGAAGCUGGCAAUGGUCUCGCUGGAACUUGGUAUUGGAAUAGAUACCCAGGUGCUCGUGUCGACUCGGAAAUGCCCAUCUACCAGUUCUCUGACCCGGAGCUUUGGCGCGAUUGGUCUUUCACAGAUUACUAUCCUGACUGGAGAGGAAUUCAAGCCUACUUCCAAUACGUGGAUAAGAAGGUUGGCAUAACAAGAGAUGUGUUGUUCAACUCUCGAGUUGCUUCCGCUCAUUGGAAUGACUCGGUUGACCGAUGGACCGUCACCACAGAGGAUGGUCGGGUAUUUCGAGGACAAUUUUUGAGCCUGUGCACCGGUAUAGGGUCGAAAUUCCACAUUCCUGAAUUCAGAGGGCUCGACACAUUUCGAGGAGAGGUACAUCAUUCCUCGAGGUGGCCAGAAGAAUACGAUUUCAAGGGGAAAAAGGCUGGUAUCAUAGGCACUGGUGCUACAGGUGUUCAGAUUAUCCAGGAGAUAGCACCUGUUGUGUCGCACCUCACUGUAUUUCAACGCACGCCGAACUUGACACUCCCGAUGAGGCAGCGGAAGAUAAGCGAAGAAGAGCAGAAAAAAUUGAAGGACCUCUAUCCCAUUCUCUAUGGUCGUCGUUACCAGACAUUUGCUGGGUUUCCCUAUGAUCUUGAUCCGAAACCAGUCGCUGAUACAACGCCAGAAGAACGAGCUUUAGCAUUCGAAGACCAAUGGGAAAAGGGGGGGUUUCGCUUUUGGUUCGGCUCGUAUAGAGAGCUAUAUACCAACCAAAAGUUCAACGACGAGGUGUAUGCUUUCUGGAGAAAGAAGGUCAGAGAAAGGAUCUCUGAUCCUGAACUCCAGGAAAAGCUCGCACCAACGCAACCUCCACAUCCGUUCGGAGUCAGACGUCCGAGUUUGGAACAGAGAUACUACGAGGUCUACUCGCAGCCGAACGUCAAACUCGUUGACGUUAACGAGGCUGGAAUUGAGGAAAUCACUCCAAAAGGAUUGAAAACCAGCGAUGGCGUCGAGCAUGAGCUUGACGUUUUAGUACUUGCGACAGGUUUCGACAUGGUCACAGGAGGUAUUACUUCCAUCGACAUUCGUGGACAGGAUGGUAUUCCUAUCAAAGAGAAGUGGGCGGGUGGUGUUCAGAGUUAUUUAGGGUUGGCUAGCGCUACCUAUCCUAACAUGUUUUGGAUAUACGGACCUCAAUCUCCUUCCUCCUUCAGCAAUGGUCCAAGUAGCAUUGAAUACACGAGCGAAUGGAUCGUCGAUCUCAUCAAGCACAUGAAAGAGAACAACAUUUCGAGCAUAGUCCCCACCGAAGAAGCGCAACGUGCCUAUAGCAAAUAUGUUGACGAGCUAGGAGCAGCUGGUUUGUGGUUGGGAGCAAAGACCUCAUGGUAUCUGGGAACCAAUAUAAAAGGAAAGAAGACCCAAAUGUUGCAGUUCCCGACUGGUAUUCCUGCGUACGCCAAGUUGUGCAAUGAUUCAGCAGCAAAGGGUUACGAUGGUUUCAACAUGAAACAGUUUCCUGCGUGA